CUCGAGCUCACCGUAAUCAAGACGGUGGGGUUGACACGCGCGCAGCGCCGCGGACUGAUAAGCCUCCAUGGAAUAAGGAAGAAACGUUUAGUUUUGCUCCAAAUGAGAGAGAUACGAAGAAAAAGAAGUUCAAGUGAAUCCUGAUACGUCAUGCAGCAUGGAGUGACUGCUACUGAAAAAAGUAUAUAAAACUCUAACGAUCAGCUCAGGGAGCAUUAAGAGCAAGAAUCUACAUAUUGGAAACUUAUUAGAGACACUUUCCUUUGGAGUAAGUCUAGUCUAGGUUUCUCAGCAUUGACAUGUGCUUAAUACUCUACUAAGAGAUUCCUGAAGAAAUCUUCCCUCCUCCGGAUUUUUUUUUUUUUUGUUGUUGUUGCAUUUAGUCUUCGUGUUUAACAGCUACUCGAUUUAACAAACACACAAACUUUGCUCAGGGCUUCAGAGAGACCGCUGCAUCCUCAUAGUAAACAGUGUGGAGAAUAGCCUGCGUGUUUGCUCACUGUGUGGAGUUUGGAGCGCGCGCCGCCGCUGAUUACCACGCGCGCCACUGUGUUUCAUUAGCGGCUGUGAGCUCGCGCGCCGCUGUCCCGCGCUCCGAGUGCUGAGAAGAGAAGAGUAAAGCAGAGCAGAGCAGAGCGAGCGGGCCGCGCGUGCCUCUCAAUGCGGCGGAGCGAUGUGCACUGGGCUCUGCUGGCUGCGCGCGCUGCUGCUCGCGGCGUGUCUGUGCUUCGGCGGCGCAGAGGGAUGUGCUGAGAAGAGAACAUUCAUCCAGAGAGUAUAUGAAAACGUCCUGAUUUCAAAAUCCAGCUUUAACCAGAGGGAUCCUCUCCCCGUAGCUCUGGCUGAGCUGAUGAAGAGCGGCUCGGUCUCCUCUACAGAAGAUCUGCAGCUACUUCUGCUCUCUGACUCCGUAGAUGACGAUCCAGAGAGCGACUAUGCCAACAAUACCAACAAUCGGCUGCCAAGGAGCCUUCUGGAUGCCCAGCCAGCACAGCAAGCCCAGUGUAAGGUGAGGACAGAGGUCAUGGAGGUCACUCGCUCUAUGCUGGACCGUAGCAAUGCUAACUUUCUGCUAUGGCCACCAUGUGUGGAAGUGCAGAGAUGCUCUGGAUGCUGCAACACAAAAAACCUUAAGUGUGUAGCUGUACUCACUCACACACGCUAUCUACAGGUGAUGAAGAUCGAGUAUGUGAACAUGCGGCCAGUUUAUAAUAAAGCCGUAGUCUCAGUUAACGAUCACAAGGAGUGCCGCUGUCAGCCUGCUCCCCGUCCAGCCUCCCGCCGAAAGUCUACUGCACACAAACAAGAAGCCAGAGAUCGCUCAGGGAAACCUCGCUAUAAAGAUGAGCUUCACCGGAGAGAUGAGCUUAAACCCAACCAGAGGCUUAAACUGGAGGAUCUGCUAAGCCACAGCUGGCUGCCUCUAGAAAAUGGACAGGAUGCCUGGAGCCAUAAUAAGACGCACCACGGAAAGAGCAGAGGUCAUUUCCUUGGAGAUAGGAGAAAGUAUAACACCAGCUCCAACAGCAGCAAUAGCUUGUCUUUUGAGAGACUGACAGAAGAUGCAGGUUUACUACUACACAAUGGAACUAGGGCAAGAGAGAGAGUGAGAGAGAAAGAAGCCAAAGAAAUGCAGUUAAAUAGUACAAAAAAUGAUAACAGGCUUAGUAAUCAGUCAUUAGUAAAUGGAGUCCGUCCAACUGAAAUAACCAAUCAGAUUCCUCCGCAUAAACCGGAGGUAAUACAAUGUGCAGGCCACAGCAAGCGUAUUGGGAGCAAUCAAGCAAGCAGAAAUGGAACGACUUCCCGAACAGAGACCAACCAGAAUCAGCUGCACAGCGAAGCACCCGUUGGCCAGAGCAAUCAGACUAAACCUACAGAGAACACAAAUCAAAAGCAAGAACCUAGUACAAGGAUUAAAGGAAAUGACACCCCAGAGCUAGAGAGCACUCGAGAGGAGACCAAAAGCACAUCCACUUUGCUGAAGCAAAGAAAGGCUUUAGAGGAUGAGAAAGAAGAGCUGCUGUUACUUCACAAGCGUCUUGAUGAAGAAAAGCACAAAAUUGUCCUGAAAGCACAACAACACAGUCAACACGAGGACCAAAAACAGCACCAGAUGCACCACAGACCUCAGCAAACCCACACAACUACACAACGGACAGAAAGCAGAACACCUACCCCAGUCAAAGUGUCCACUCCACAUAUACACCCCCAACGGCCGCCUCGUCCACCAAAGAGAUUGAGGAAGCACCGCAACCGCAUAAGCAAGGCCGUCAUGAGGGCCAUGCUCAUGUAGCAUGUAUAGAUGUUUAAGGCGCAGUACCUGUCCAAAUUGUUGCACUAUCCUGAAUAAUAUAAUUUAUUCAUGUCUUCCAUUCCAUGGAGAUCCACAGCCUCUAGUACUAAUCCUCAUCCUCAGUUUCUGGGAGAGUCUGCACUUGGCAGAGAGGCAGAGCUACAUUCCUACCAUAUUCCCUUGAUAUAAAUAACAGUGAUAUUAUUAAAGGGGACAGAAGACAUUAAGAAGGUUUGCCCUGGAUAAAGACGGACUCGACAAAACUGCUCAGAUGUCCUUUUCUUAGGUUAUGCUCCCAGUUGGAAACUUGCCAUGACUCUGUGGAAGAAUGAAACUGAGAGAGUGGGCAUGGGAAUGUGUCACUGGAACUUUUAGGGGAGAAAAGAGACUUGCCUAAAAGUCUGGAAUGAAAAACAAACAAACACUGGACUUUAGAAGAUUAUUGGAAUGAAUGGGACUGGUCUGUGGAAAUGCACAGAAAAAAGCAAAGACUGAUCUAGAAGCUACCAAGAAUUCUUAGAAAAUGCUACAAAGCUUGUGCAAAUGGAAAAGCCUGGUUUAGGAGAUCUGUUGAGUAGAUUUUGAACUAAAUGCUGUCUGGAAAUAAAAAAUGGGUCUGGAGAAGAUCUCUGAAAAAGAAACAGGAAAGACUGAUCUAGAACUCAGUGGAAUGGAAACACGGGUCUAGAGAAACUGAAAUGGAAGAGAUUCAAUAAAAAUCCUACCCAUGUAGUUCCUUCAAGUGGCUUCUGGAUUAGAAGUGCUGUACUGUGGAAAUGAUAUCUGGAAUGUUCUCUGGACUGAUAAAGAGUGGCUUAGAUUAUCUGGGGAAUGGAAAGACUAGUCUCAAAUUAAAUUGGAAUAAAGUCCAUCUUAUAUUCUCUAUAGAUUAGAAAUAGUGGUCUGGAGGAUCUAAAUAAUUAAGCAGACUUAAUGCUCUCCUAGAAGUUUCUUAAUAAUAAAGACUGGUGCUGAAACUUGUCGUAAGGGAGACAUACAGAAAUACAGAAAGCUCCCAUCCAGCUCAUAUUCUAUCCAACUGACGUAAUAAGUGUCUCUUCUAACCUUAAUCACCAGAGCUAGUUUGAGUAGUUUCUGUUUCAUAAAUUUCCAGGUCCCAUCUUGGACCCUUUACCUCUUCCUUUCCCUGUGGGGGAAACCUUAAAACCACAUCAUGCAAGAUAGAGCACCUUUAAGAAGCUGAGGAUUUUAACUAAGCGAAGAAACCUGGAGGAAACUCUUUUACUGAUAGUGUGUAGUCAUAUCUGUAGAACAUAGCACACAGUACAGAUAUGUCCGUGAUGAGACAUACUGGACAGCUUCACAUGAUCCAGUUGUGAGCUAGACAUAGAUUAACAGUAGUGUUGUCAUUCAUCCAUUCAUUCAAAAGAGAAAGGGAGAGAAUAAAGGAAGAGAGAAGGGAAUAUAGACAUAACUCAUGUUCAGUGUUAAACAGUGUUUCCAGGAUUUCUGGAUUAUUAAACAUAAAACAAUAUUAAAGUCACAACCACUUAACAAAUCACACGCAACACAUACACACAACAACAAUACUGUUUUACUUUUCGUAUUUAAUUUUCAUAUUAUUUAAUUUGACUGCUAACACUGGAAAUUCUCAGAUGCCGAAUGAAGGCUUGCAGUUCUUUCGUAUUAAUAUGGACCUCUUGAAAUACGACGGUGCUAUUGUAAUAAGGAAACAGCUUUAACAUUAUUGUUAUUUAUUCUACUACGAUUGCUUUGUGAUUAGUUUCUCUUCAUUAAUUUUACUUCGCAUUCUGUUAAAAGUGUAUUUGUGUACCCCCCCCCCCAGUUUCCGAUGUAUGUGAGGCAGUGUUUUGCACCACAAAAAGAAUAUGAAUAAAGAACUAAACUAACCUGAGCUAAAGUUUCAGGUGGGCAAUUUGCA